AUGGCGAUGCAACACUUGCGCCGAGUACACAGGGAAGUCCAAGACGUGAACGACGACUUCCACUCCCUCCGAACAGUCCUGAAAGAGACCGACCACAAGUCAAAAUGGAACUUCAUCAUGUUUCCCAACGACGGAGCCCUCUCACACCUCCCAUUAAUCGGCGAGCUCGUCAUUCCGGAGCGAUACCCCGAUGCACCGCCCGUGUUGCAUCUUUUCACUAAAACGCUCCGGUGGAAUGUCGAUGUCUACCAGUCCUAUGUUAAUGAUGAUACCCGCAGCACAAUGUGCUUCGAUAUCCUUCGCCCCAAAGCAUACGGCGGAACAUGGGAGUCUGAAUACACAAUCUCCUGUCUCUUUGCGAGUCUGAUGCAGGCCUUGGUAACACCGAAGGUGCCCCAGGACCAUGGGGCUGAUAAGCCAGAGUUUGUCACCAUGGACAGGCUAGCAGAGUUGAAGAAGAGUGUUGAAAGGACAUACCGUGCACGCAAGAACCAUAUCCCUCCUCUACCCGUCAUCCCCACUAUCCCUGCCGUACCCAUUCCGGCAAAGGCCCUCACCUUCACACGACUCGGAAAGGAAGAAGGGCUGAAGUCUCUCGAUUUCAAGAACGAUGAGAAGUACAUCAGUCAGGCCAUUUAUCUCCAGGACUAUGACCAGCCGCAGUUCUGGUCAACUGUCUUGGACCUCAGGAACCUACAUCCGGGCGUGGUGUUCUCGGCGAUUCUCUCAAACAAGCCCGGUGCCGAUCUGGUAGGCAAGAAAAGCGAUACAAUCUUGCUUCGGAACGGAGUCACUGGCACUGCGGCGAAAAAGCGAGCAGAUCAUCCUCUGGUAUGGUUCUACCACGGAAAGCCAUUAAAUGAUCAAAACCUAUCUCUCUCCAUCACCAUCACAAACGACCAGUUCACCAUGGCAUACAAGGACGAAAACUCAGAAAAAUUCUUGAUCCAUGGUGACACUCCAAUCUCCAAGCUUGGUGAAGCCCAGAUUGGCAACGUGAAGGGGAUCCCGUUCUAUCUGACAAUCUAUUUGAAGCGCAAAUUCGGGGCUGAAGGAUUCAUCAGUGUCCUCGACCAAAACGAGACGGGGUAUAUCCAUGCAAAUCCGACUACCCUGGCUGUUCUCCAACCCUCAAGUCGUCCUCCGAAGUCAGUUAAUCUGAAUCUUGGGAGUGAGCAGACCGCUCGUUUGCAGGGUGUAAUUGAUUUCUAUGCCUUGGGCGUAGACUUCAAGGUGCAGCGAAGCCUCAUGAAGCCAGCAAAGAUGACUUUGAUCUCUGCAGAUGAUGUACCGUCGGAGGAAUACACCAAGAUCAUCAAAGAAGUAUACACUCCGUUGCGUGACAAGCCAAUCGAAGUUGACGUUACAGCUAUUGCAGCUGAUAGACAUUGUGUGGUGUUGAUUCUUGACAACACCCUCUGUUCGAAGGGCAGGGGGAAGAAGGGCGAGGGAGAGAAAGAGGAAACUGAGAAAAGGGAGGGAAAGGAGGAGGAGCAGAAGAGCACACAGUUGGCAAAAGACAAACUGCUAUGUGUGACUAUGCGGUUGCGGGAGGAGUCGAUCAAGGCUGACUAUCCCGCCAUAUUCGCUGAGCGAGUGAUCGAGGAGCAUGCAAAGGAAUGGGUCAAUGUUGGUGAUACAUACGUGCAACUGCCCCAGCCGAUCAAGAUUACAUGCCAUGUAGAGUUUGAUGGCCAAGAUAAUUUGUUUUAG